AUGAAGAUGAGGAGGAUUAUUAAGAAGCCCAAGAAACUGUCGGAAACAAUUGAUCAGUGUCAUGAUGCGGACUGUGACGAUGAUGAUGAUGAAAACCGAAAUCCAGGUGGUGACAAUAACAAGAAUAAGAAGCGGAAAAUAACAACAAAUAAGAUUCUAGGUGAAAGAGAUGAGAACCUGAUCAAUUGUGAUGAACACGUACUCUACACAGCAUUGGAUAAGAAGGUUAGCAGGCUACAUGCAAUACCUGAAGAAUCGAUGGAAUCGAUGACUGAAAUGAGAACCACACAAACUGGACUGGAAGAGGAUACUGCGCCGGAUGCAUCCAAAAAAGCAAAUGAAGGUAGUCUUCCAUGCUCCAACGGUUUCCUGAACCUAACUCCCCUUCAAGCAUGCAGGAGAAAAGAAGUUCGAGUGAUGCUAGAAGACAACUCAGCAGCAGCAAGGGCCCUCAUAGGACCUCAGGAUAGGAGUGAAGCGUCCGAAUUGAGUUAUGCAUCUGAUGUUCGACAAGCAAUAAUUCUUUCAAAUGGAUAUGCAGAAAGUGGGUACGCAACGACAUACAACAAUAAUCAUCAGCAGCAGGCAGUACAUCAUCAGACAAUGGAAUAUCCAACAGCACAGGAAAUGUCACUGCCCCAACCUUACGUUAAUGAUCAACUGAUGGGUGGAAUUCGGUCAUUGAUACAAGAUGCCGUACAGGAAGGCAUACAAAAAGGAAUUCAGGAAGGCAUACAAAAAGGAAUUCAGGAAAUGAAUGGCAUACAGGAAGAUAUACACAAAGGAAUUCAGGAACUGACGCUACGAUUUGAGCAGUUUCUGGGAGAUAUGCAUGUGCAACUGGAUCAGACAUGCAGCAGAACUUCUGUCAUGAACAUUCCAACCAGAAAAGAAUGUGAAGAUCCUUCGAGCUUAGGCAUUUCUUGGCCUAUCAAGACGAGGAAGGAGCUGAUUGAAGUUGAUCACGUUUUGUCUAACGAAACAAUGCGUGUUAAAUUGUUGAUUUGGGUGAAGGGGCUGAAGGAAGAAGGGACGAAAAGUAAGAAAGCGCAAGCAAUUUACUACCUCAUGGGAAGAAUGUUCUAUCAAAGGAUGUUACUUCAAGUUUAUGCUGCCAACAGGAAAGUGAAUGCAAGUGAAGAAAAAGAUGAUGACGUAGAUGGCGACGAAAUAGAUGAAGAUGAUGCUGAAUUUCUGGAUCAUGAUGACGCGCCUCUGAACAUGAAGUUGCGCCUGGAGAAGGAAAACUUGAGAAUACCUUUGAACAAACUCAAGGGCAUCAUGGCUUUCUUCAUGCACUACGCAGCUGCUGUAAGGGACAACGACAGCAGUUCUGCCGAUAAAGGAAGAGAAAACGGUGCUUCAAUGGUAUCUGAAGAAUGCAUAAAGUCACGAAUCAACCUAGCCAUAAGGAAACUGAGAAGAGACGAGAGGAAGAAAAGAAAUUUGGAACGAAAGAAGAAGGACCCAACCUUCAAGAAACCCGUCUACCCUUCUUCAAUAGGAUCUGAGAAAUUGGUUUUUUCGAUAGGGGUGUCAACGGAUCUGAGAAUCGUAUCGUACGGCGUAUCGUACGCCUUUUGA